GACUGGAAGGCAAUUUAUUUGAUAAUUUUGGACCAAUUUCAACAAAGUAUAUAGACGGUGUUUCAACAAAAACAGACAUCAGCGUUAAUUUUACUGACCGUGAUAAAACGCUACAUAACCAAAUUGAGAACUUUUGUAAUAUAGAAGGCUAUGGAACAAGAGCCAUUAGACCCAGAAAGGACGAAGAACGUCACCUUUCGACCGAAGGUAUGUCGAAAGAAGAUGAGCGUGCACAGAAGAUAUUAGAUCAAACGUUCACAAUGAAAGAUGGUCAUUAUGAAACAGGCCUCCUAUGGAAAGCUGAUGAUACAGUUUUGCCUGACAACAGAAAGCAAGCCGAGAAGCGGUUAGAGAGUCUGAAGAGACGUUUUCGGAAGGAGCCUAGUCUAGAACAAAAAUAUCGCUCU